GCUCUAUAAAUACAAAGGAACUUCCUUCGUCGUUCUCUUUACCGCGUGAGCCUGAACGACACAGGCACUAAACCGCCAUGCCCGUUGCCAGGAGUUGGGUUUGUCGCAAGACAUAUGUCACCCCCCGCCGUCCAUUCGAGAAGUCCCGUCUGGACCAGGAGUUGAAACUCAUUGGUGAAUAUGGUUUGAGAAAUAAGCGUGAGGUGUGGAGGGUUAAGUUCACCCUGGCCAAGAUCCGUAAGGCUGCCAGAGAGCUUUUGACUCUGGAUGAGAAGGACCCCAAGCGUCUGUUCGAAGGUAAUGCUUUGCUCAGGCGUCUGGUGAGGAUUGGUGUGCUGGACGAAAGUAAGAUGAAGCUCGAUUACAUCCUGGGUCUGAAGGUUGAAGACUUCUUGGAGAGGAGGCUGCAGACCCAGGUUUUCAAGCUCGGUCUAGCCAAGAGCAUCCACCAUGCCCGUGUCCUUAUCCGCCAGAGGCACAUUCGUGUGCGCAAGCAGGUGGUGAACAUCCCCUCCUUUGUGGUUCGCCUGGACAGCCAGAAGCACAUUGACUUCUCCCUGAGGUCUCCAUAUGGUGGUGGACGCCCCGGCCGUGUCAAGAGAAAGAAUGCCAAGAAGGGCCAGGGAGGAGCUGGAGGAGCUGAUGACGAGGAGGAAGAUUAAAAAGGAUGUCGACCUAGGAGCUUAAACUUCUGAACUGUCAAAUUUUCAAUAAAAAUGUUUUGGUCUGACCAGAAAA